AUGGAAAACCCAGUUGCUGAGAUUCCGCGGAUUAUCCAUCUCCUCACCCAGUCUGUUCCUUCGGUGCAACGACAGACAAUUGAGAAAUACUUUACAACUUCGGCCUCAAUUACGCAUCCUUUUUUACAUUCGGGAUCAUUCCAAGGCAGCCGCUGGCUGAUUGUUCGCAUAUUUCUUUUUUACAAGAUUAUGUCGCCACAUGUUGAUCUACAAGUCAAAUCAGUUGCGUUUGACUAUGAGAACCUGUUGUUAUAUGUCACCAUCUCCCAAAUCUUCCGUAUAUUCAUUAUCCCGUUUUACACGGCGCCCGUCACUCUUACCACAGUCCUUCAACUAGUUGAGAUAGAGGAGCAAAAUAGCCCAGUCCAGCAACGCCGCAAGGUCCCGGUUGUUGAACUUACAAACUCGAAUACAGACCUGCUAGCAUCCCCGCCAGAAUCAGUUUCAUCUUCAUCUACCCAGGACGAUGAGCUCACUGUCGCGGCAGUCCAGCCAGCCAAGUCGUCAAAGCCCCUGUAUUACAUUGCUUCACAAAACGAUCUCUACCAGACCAAUGAGUAUAUCAAAUUUAUCGUUCCGUACGGGAUUGGGUCGACCUUGGUAUUGUUCUGGCAUUUCUUUGCCACUGUUUUCUGCGUAAUUGCUUCAUUUAUUUUUUGGCCUAUUGCAUGGGUAGAGGAGAAAGGCACACUUCAUUAA